AUGUCUUCUGUAGCUGGUGCAGCGGCACUGAGCCACAAGGAAAAACGAGAACAGAAGAGAGCUAAAGUCCGCCUGGAAAAGAGGAAUAAACCGAUCCUUUUGUCCCCCGGAUGUGGUGGUAUUCACUGGAACGAGCCCGUUGAGAAACACACCAUCACGGAAGGAAUCCUUGUUAUCGUCCAAUUCAAGCUUCUUCAUGGCCUCACGGUACAUGACACAUCUUCACCGGCAGGGAAAUUAUGGCUUGCUACGCUUGAAUACAUUUCGACUAUCCACGGCUGCGCCAUACGGUAUUGGGGAACAGAAACAACGCAAGGUCAAGAAUCUAUUUUUUUACUCGUUCAGUCCGAAAACGCAAAGCAAUGGGUUAGCGAGAAAGUCCUCAAGAACUGGAGAAAGUGGGAAAUCCGUUGGAGACAUGAGGGAAUAGAAGUAUUUGGUAAUUGGCUGGAAGAUGAUGCCGCUCAAUACAUGGCAGAGCUUGCAGAUCUAAUACCUGCAGCUGUGAAGGGCCAACAUAAGGUAUUUCUUGUACUAGCUUGGAAUCGGGACGAAGAAUCAGAAAUUGUACAGAACGACGCGACAGUUCUGGAGGCUGAAUUCAAAGAAGAAAUGAUGACUGAUGGAGUCAAAGAGUUCAUGAUGAAUGAGUUCUUGAUUCCCAAAUCGAUUCAGAUAAAUAUCAAGACCGAAAAGAACGACUCAUUUCCUGACGCUAAACCUCAAUAUACUGCUGAUAGCUUAGCUUCCUUACUUAGACUCUCCCCUCCACGACGUCAUAGUGAGACACCAGUUGGAAACAGCCCGUAUUUCUCUUUUUGUACUGACACAACGCAUAUUGAAUCCAUUUACGACGCGGCAGUAGGCAAACGUCAGUUCCCUGGACCGAGAGGAUUUUUCAUGAAGAUGGGAACCUUCCACAAAAAUGAGUAUAUCAAUCCAGAAAGUAAUAGGUCAAUUCGCCUACAAAGGCCACCAAAAAUGGAUUUCUUAUGGCUGAAAUUUGAGCCAGGAAGACUUGAUACCGGUAAAUCUAUUUCAGAAAGUCUGGUGGAACUCAGAAAAAGCAUCAAAGAGGACGUUGGGUACCGUGCUUCUCUCUAUUGGGGCCGUUCCCUGGAUGAUUCAGAUGAGUGGGUUUUGAUGAUAGAAUGGUAUAAAAAGAAAGAUCGUCUGCAGGAAAACCUCGAGUCCGUGGAUAUUGCUUCGACGUCUCAAACCGUUCAAAAUCAUCUGAGAGAUUUUGAGUUCUACAACUCAUAUGAAGAAGGUAUCAUGGGUAUGGAAUGCUCUUGGGUGUCAUUACUUCGUGAUGACCCUCCGGAUCCCGCUUCUGUUCCAGUUAAGCAAGCUGGUAUAAAUCUGCAUUAUUUCUUUCACAACUAUCCUUCAUCAUCCCCCGUUUUAAAUAACGAGGUGGCGGAAGCUCAAACUCCAAAUAGGUCUUACUUCACCGCAAUAACAAUGUGGAGGUCCAAGGAUGCAAUGCGAGAAUGGUAUACAGACUCUGCCAGUCAGUGUGAGGAUUACGAAAGACUUGGUCAUCGGCUCGAUCAACUACGUAUAUUCUGCGAAAAUCUUGAGGUGGUCGAUUCCAAGGUUUUUGAUAUGGUUGGGGAUUGCUAUGAGAUUUCAAAGCCACCAAUGCCAAAAUAUUUUGUGUCAGAUCAGGGCCGGUCGACGGAAAUAAUAUCUGGAUACCCUACUCCAAUCUCAGAUUUACCUCGUGGAGACAACUUUCUCGAAAUUGAAUCCUUUGCGUUAAACCGUUGCCCAGCUAGCUGCAGCGAAGCCGGCAAUAACCCAGCCAAUUGGACGGCUUAUCAUGACACUCGUCGUCUGGCAGUGUGCAAUGAGACAAUGCUCCUUGAUUUCACUAUAUACAACUCUUUAAACGACUCAAAUACACAGACCACCAUCUAUGCUUGCAAAACCAAUUCAACACAGAGUGAAAGAAGCUCACUGUCAAGACGCGAUACAGCUUGUCCAUUGAGCAACAAUUCCAAGAAUGCUAAAGUAUCUUUGGAGCUAGGCUGGUCAGGAGCUUCUAGCCAGAAUAACACGAGUGAUGUCGUGUCUGCUGCAGAGCAAUUGAAGACUUACGUUACUUUAAAGGAGGACAACUGUGGUGAGACAUCUGCCUUUGCAUACGCAGGAACUGUUGCCAUCGGUAUCUAUGUUGGCUCCAGAAUCCAGGAUGCAAGCUCCAUUCUGGAAGAUUUCAUUGUGGAAGUCACCAAAAACGGAGUUUUCGAUACAAUUUUCGUGCAGCAUUGUGCUGGCAAUGGGCUCAAUAGCAAUUACGCAUUUGGUAUUGUUGCAAGAAUGGAUGGAAGCCUUGCGGACGUUCAGGGCACGGUAAAGACUUGGAGAGAUAGCGGAUGCAUUACUUCCUCUACACUAUGUUCAACCCUGGCGGUAGGGCAGCAUGUUUGCUGCUCGGAUGGAAACCUGCCUGACUACUCUCCUCAGCCUAAUGCCAAUGGAACAUGUGCAACUUACACUGUCGUAACAAACGAUUCUUGCUCGCAGCUCGCAGCACUGAACAGCAUCACAGUUGAUGAUAUUGAAUCCUUCAAUAGACAGACAUGGGGCUGGAUGGGAUGCGCUGAUUUGCAAGCUGGCUACAAUAUUUGCCUCAGCACGGGAAAUCCGCCUAUGCCUGCUACUGUGGCUAACGCAAUUUGUGGCCCCCAGGUCCCGGGCACAAUACAAUCCACUUCAGGACUGAAUUUUUCAUUGUACAACCAAUGCAACAUGAAUGCAUGUUGUGAUGUGUGGGGUCAGUGUGGUACCACUGCCGAAUUUUGCACUGAGACUCAAUCCCCUACAAGAGCACCGGGAACAGCUGCCGCUGGAACUAAUGGGUGCAUCUCAAAUUGCGGAACGGAAAUUGUUGUUGGAAACCCUCCUGCCGAGUUCAAAAAAGUGGGAUACUGGGAGGGCUACAAUUUUGACCGUCCUUGUUUGAACAAACCCAUAACCAGCAUCAACACCACAGCUGGAUAUACGCAUGUUCACCUUGCUUUCGCAACUAUUACAACGGACUUUGAAGUUGAUGUCAGCUCCAUCCAAGAAGCGUUCUCUGACUUUCUCAGCAUGUCGGGACUCGGGUUCAAACGAAUUCUCUCUUUCGGCGGAUGGGACUUCUCUACCGAUGUCGCCACGUAUCAGAUCUUUCGUGAUGCUAUGGCACCUGCGAAUUCAAAAAAAUUCGCCGCCAAUGUUGCAGCAUUUGUAAAGAAAUACGAUCUGGAUGGCGUUGAUUUCGAUUGGGAGUAUCCUGGAGAGCCAGAUAUUCCAGGAAUCCCUGCUGGAAGCUUGGACGACGGUGUCAAUUAUGUGAGAUUUUUCGACGAACUGGCAGCCGUUCUUCCAGCUGGAACUACCCAAUCAGUUACAGCACCAACCUCAUACUGGUACCUCGCUCCAUUUCUGAUUUUAGAGCUAAGCUUAAUAGUUGAUUAUGUUAUUUAUAUGACCUAUGAUCUUCACGGCCAGUGGGACUAUGGCAGCGCAUUUUCAGACGCUAGCUGUCCAGCUGGCAAUUGCCUCCGCUCCGGGGCUAAUUUGACUGAGACUUUAGAGUCAUUGUCUAUGAUCACAAAAGCUGGAGUUGCAUCAAAUAAGGUUAUUGUGGGUGUUACCAGUUAUGGGCGCUCUUUCCAAAUGGCAACUCCAGGUUGCUAUUUAGAUUCUUGUACCUACACUGGGCCGACUUCGGGUGCAUAUGCCGGAGCUUGUACACAGACACCAGCAAACGCCGAAAUCGACAGCAUUAUUAGUGGGAAUGCAACCGUGUUGGGCACAGAUGGCUCAUCUGUUCGGGUUACCGGCACUCCUUUCGUUUACCUCGAUGAUAGUUAUUCAAAUAUCGUUGUGUAUAACGAUGAUCAGUGGAUAAGCUACAUGAAUGAUGCUAACAAAAUUGUCCGAACCGCUUUAUAUAAGCAUUACAACUUCGGCGGAACCGCAGACUGGGCGGUCGAUCUCCAAUCAUACGAUGGAGAUAAUGGAAGCGGCAGUGAUGGCAGCUCGAUAGUUUAUGUCGACCAAUCUAUUUGGACGGAUGGGCCUAGUAGCACUGGUGUUGGAGGUAGUGAUGGAACCAUUGGAACGAGUGGAGCUAGCGACAACUUGUCGUUAACCUGCGAGCCUCCUUGCAUUAUCGUUCUCCCUCCAUUUCCACUGGGAACAACCACCAUUUUUCAAGUGGCAAGCCCAAACCAACAACGUCCACGGCCCGACAUGGAAGUCGUCAAUGUGGAAUCUUCGGAUGCAAACCAUCCUGCGGAUUGUUUGGCUGUGAUGGUGGAUGUGGAAUCUUUGGGUGUGGUGGUGGCUGCAGUCCAUUUGGAUGUAAGGGGGACUGCCCCCUUAGUUUAUGUGGAGGUCUUGGCUGUAUUGGAGGAGCAUGUGGAUCUACUGGAUCCGACAACAAUAAUAAUAAUGAUUACUGAAUGCGAGGAAACCGUUGCAUGCACCGCCGAAGACACAAGAACAACCACCACCGCAACAACAGGUUAUCCUGUAACAACAGCAAGCAUGACUGGCUUCUACGAUUCGGAUCCCACGUCUAUAAACACCAACUAUGAUGCUAUCGCUUCUUCUAUCAUUCAAGCCGGGUUAAAAUAUUACGGCUUUUUAAAAUCGACUGCAACAAUGGCGACCGCGUCACCCACUGCUACAGUUGUUACCAUCACCUCUAAUAUAGUAGCGACACCAACACCAGAAGCAAUUGUUCCUCAAGCAGUCUGUCUCUUGGUCGCCGAUGUCCUGUGGUAUAGUGUUCAAAUAAUUACCAACGGUUUCGAGACAGAUUUGGGAGCGGCCAUUAAAAAGCAAGAAGGUGGUUGUGGUGAUCUGCUCAGCUGGGAAGCAAGCGAUGUUUCUAUUCCUGAAGGAUUUGCUACUUGGACGGGGACAAGGGAGUAUUCGUUUACAUUGCCACUUACCAUCAAGGCCGGGUGUGUGGAGAGGGCUAUUGCUAGCGCCGGAGGCCCUAGUGGAUUGUCGUGUGAUAAUGUUUUAUAA